AUGUAUGCAUAUAUCGAGGCACAAGAAUCUAUCUAUCUAUCUAUCUAUCUAUCUAUCUAUCUAUCUGUGUCAAUCAUGGCUAUUAAAAAUGUCCUAUCCCUUCUUCCUUUAAGCAACAUUUCACCAGGGUGUGAUGGUGUUUUGAAGGCACAUAGGAAUCUAUCUAUCUAUCUAUCUAUCUAUCUAUCUAUCUAUCUAUCUAUCUAUCUAAAGCAAUUCAUAUCUAUCUCAUGGAAUGAAAUGACACCGCACAUAUAUAUCUAUUUGGACUUUGUUCAUAUUUUAUCUAUCUAUCUAUCUAUCUAUCUAAAGCACAUAUCUAUCUAUGGAAUGAAAUACUCCUAUCUAUGUCCUGAAGGACACCGCACAUAUAUAUCUAUUACUUUGUUCAUAUCUAUCUAUCUAUCUAUCUAUCUAAAGCAAUUCAUAUCUAUCUCAUGGAAUGAAAUGGACACCGCACAUAUAUAUCUAUUACACUUUGUUAAUAUCUAUCUAUCUAUCUAUCUAUCUAAUAAGGAAGGAAAGAAGUUGAGAUCGAAGUAA